AUGAUUCUAGAUCAUGACUGUAGCCACAAUCCAGCUCAAUGCAGGGAUAAAGUUUACAUUCCUUGUAGCAAAUCGGAUAACCAGGGGGCAUGUUUAAUGGAAUUCUACAUACCUACUACCAACUCCUACAGUACAGUUAAACUGGGAACAACUUUUACUUGUACCACAGUUUUGAAGGGCUUCCUUUAUGCUACUUGUGAAGACUUCACUCAGGAUAGGGGGAUAUACAGGUAUGAUCCCGAGAAGAAUUUCUGUGAUAAACUAAAGGCACAACCCACCUUUCGGUAUAAAACAUGUUUUGUUUCUGAUGAACAGUACUUGUACACCAUAGGUGGUACAUCAUCUGGACAGUACCGGUCCACAACGGAAAGGUUUGAUCCAAGUGCUAAUGAGUGGGAAGAAGUUGCACCUAUCAAUCAAGCAAGAUGCUGUGCUUUUGGUGCUUCCAUGAAUGGUAAAGUGUACAUAGCAGGUGGUCGACGGAAACAAGGAGAAAUCAGCUCAUGUGAAGUUUACAAUCCAGUUACCAAUGAAUGGCACUUGAUGGCUAGUCUGAGGGAACCUCGGAGGUGUGCAAGCAUGGUACACUAUGAAGGAAGUUUGUAUGUUUUGGGAGGAUUCAAGACUGUUUACCAACCUCGAGCUCGCAACAGGUGGUCAGAAUCAGUGACAUUGUCAGUUGAAAAAUUUCAUUCUGAGGAAAAUGAAUGGAUAGAGAAAACAGUUAUACCACUUGAUUGCAUUGAAACAAGCAAGGAGGAAGAUAAAGAGAAGAAUCAAUUUAAAGCUUGCUUUGCAAGACUUUCCAAAGGAGUGAUUGACAAACCUAAACCACUGAACACAUAA